UGAGGCUGUCUGGCUAUUAUUUAAAUGCUUAAGACAUUAGUGUAGGUUAUUUCAUGCAUCAUUAAUGAUGCAUAGUUUCACCUAUUAAUUAUUGAAUAACUCAUGUUGAUUUUGCCCCCUUUUUGUUUAUGCGCAUGAAUCACAUCUUUUGUUUUAAACUGUAUUGACCGAGUGUAUUUAACAAUGCUGACAGUAUAAUGGAAAAGCAACAGGUGUGGAUUUGAGUGACAGAUGGAAGGAGGCAACUUUAAUUGGUCUGUUUUUGCUUGUAUAGAAUAUUUUUUAAUUAUAUUUUUAUAUGGUCAAUCAUUAUAGAUCAUUUUCAGUAAAUACUGUAUGUAUAGUUUUUAUGUAUCAGUGAAUAAUUAUGCAAUUUGUAGAAUAGUUUAAAAUUACAGUAAAUCCACAGAUUACCUUUAAAUACCUCAUAGAGCAAUGACACCAAAACCUGUGACACAGGUGUUGCUCUGAUGAUCGAAUAAAAGCCUUAAAAUAAAAUGCCCUCAGAGGUUAACUACAGUACAUUGGUGCUUAUCCCCUACCAUGAAAUCUUAUCAAGAAACCUAAAGGUUAUUUGAGCAUCUAAUUGAUGGCCUGCUAAUAUAAGUGUAUAAUAAAACAGUGAAAUGUGCCAUGAUGCUCAGUGAUGAAAUAAUGAAAUCUAGCAGUUUGUCAUCUUUCUUUCACAUGUCUUUAUUUUACCAUUAGAGUUUGUAGAGCACUAUGUAGGUCUAAUCUGCAGUUGAGAUCGAGUAUAAAUCCUGCUGUCAUAAAAACCAGCGCGUGUGUAAACUGACAGGGAAAGAUUAAAUGACCAUCAGCAACAACCACUUAGAGUCAUUUGGGUGUUCGAUGUCGUACAUCGAAGACGAUUUUGUGGUCACGGCAAUAUAUAGGCCCUCUCGUAAACAACUAAAUGCAUAAACUCAAAAUGUAAGUGAAAUGUAAAUCCUGAGCAAUAACUGAGACUUCAGAAAACGUGACUAACUAAUUUUCAAUGAAUAACACAAGCCUAUACUACAAUAUUAGGGGGCUAAAAAGCUACUAAGGGACUAUUGUCUCGUUUUGCAAUGAUUAAAUGUACGUUAUAAAAAUAUUAAUAAAAAAACAUGAAUAUUAUUUUUAUCCAUAUAGGAAAAAACAUUUGAAGUUUGAAUUGAAGUGAAAAUAGUGUUUUAACCCAAAACAAAUAUCUAAACUUCUAAAAGCUAGAGAAAAAAGUUUUAUCACAACCAUUAUAACAACGUCGAUGAUGUCUUUUGUGGGCGGAGUCUACCUGGUGGCAGGAAGCAACAGUUCUCUGCAGAUGUGAGAGCCAAAACUGUUAAGAUAAAUCAUCCGGGCAUCUUGUCUAAUUAUUUUAAUGGUUUGCCAGCAGAUGACAGGUACAUAUACACCAUGUUUUUUAUUGUCACGUGACUCGGUCGUUUAUUGAUGACGUUUAUUGAUAAAAUCAGGCGAAAACAGAGCCGUUGAAAAACAGAGUUGCUACACUCGCAUAGACGUCCGUGGAAGAAUGCGGAAGUAACUCGUGUGAUGGAGGGCUCUAUAGAGGGUAUGCAUUGACGUCACUUUCACACGUGAACAUGUCGGGACACGCCCUGGGACACGCUCCCCUGGGUGGCAAAACACAAAGCAAAAUGGCUGAGGAGAAUAGGAGAAACAAAGAAACCGGGACUAAAACACGCAAUUAUUUGCUGAACUUACAAGCAGCUGGACUUGACGGUGAUCCUUACGGCUUCACUAAGACUUACAAAGGAAUCAGGUGUUCCUGGACACUGAAAUGUUGCGCGGAAUUGCGUUUCCUGAUAAUGAAAGCAGUCAUUUUGCUGAGUGUUUUGCCACCCACUGGGGCGCGUGCUCACGUGGUGUUCACGUGGUUAAGCUAUGACACGUCCAUACCCUCUAUAGUUCCAAACAAUGCAUUGAAGCCCAUUCAUUUCACUGUUUCCCAAAUACAUUCGCAGGUAAGUUGAUAAAAUACAUCUCCGUAAAACUGGUGUUUAUUAUAAGGAUGUUUUUGAAACAAAAUAUUAUUUUCCUAAAUAAAAAUGGCUUUUCUCUGUGUCUGUUUGUGUGGUUGAAUGAUUUUCUAUAAAGGCUGCUCAUUAAAUAAAAUGUUAUCCACCCUCUCCCUAUAUAAAUUAUAUAAUAAAAUCUCGUACUAACUGAAUUGUUUGUCUUGUUCAUUUUGUUGCAAAUACAGCUGCUUCCACUGUCUCUCCCGCUUAAACCCAUUCCAACAGACUGACCGUUUGAAACUAUUGAGAGAUCCAUAAACCACGUGACCACGCGGCGGCGAGAUCAAAGUGUGUCGCAACUCUGUUUUUCGACCGCUCUGGCAGAAAAUAACGCACUUAGGCGUUGUUAAGCAAAUACAGUUUAACCACGAGUAAUAAAACCUACGAGGUUUCCACUAUUCUUUUAAAUUACUUACCUUUUAAAAUUUGCGGCUACCCAGCUUCCAUGGAUUAGAAAAGUGUACGCAUACUGAAAAAUCUCGGCGGACACUUUUUUGCAUACUGCGGUUUCGCACAUAGGCUACUACUUAUUUUUCAUAGCACUAAUGAUCGUAUACUGUAUGCAAGCAGGCGGUUUCGAAAGCAGAGCAGGUUGUUUUUGUUGUGAAACUCGUUCCCUUUCCACUCCCCGAAGCGAGUGUUUAUGUGACGUCACCGCACACACUCUUGGACACACGGGUGCGCGUCUCGACACGAGACCGUCAUCGAGAGGGAGCACAUCGCCCACCUGGAGAGUGACACUGUGCUGCAUUGAUCUGUAAUGCCGCUGUCUGUCAUCAUGUGAGAUGAUCUAGAUCUCAGUGAAUCGUUAGCAGAAGGAUGUGAGUGUAAACCAAAAGCAUGGCUGAUUACCUAAUCAGUGGGGGAACUGGUUAUGUUCCAGAGGAUGGACUCACUGCCCAGCAGCUCUUUUCUAUCGGGGAUGGUCUCACAUACAAUGACUUUCUGAUACUGCCUGGCUUCAUUGACUUCACAUCUGAUGAAGUGGAUUUGACCUCUGCCCUGACCCGGAAGAUAACUCUGAAGACGCCGCUCAUUUCCUCUCCAAUGGACACAGUCACUGAGUCCUCCAUGGCCAUCGCAAUGGCUCUUAUGGGUGGAAUAGGAAUCAUACAUCAUAACUGCACACCUGAAUUCCAGGCCAACGAAGUCAGGAGAGUCAAGAAAUUUGAGCAGGGCUUCAUCACGGACCCCGUGGUGAUGAGUCCACGACACACGGUCGGUGAUGUGUUUGAAGCAAAGGUUCGCCAUGGUUUCUCCGGCAUCCCGGUUACAGAAACAGGCAAGAUGGGCAGCAAACUGGUGGGCAUUGUUACGUCACGAGACAUCGACUUUCUGUCAGAGAAAGAUUAUGACAGGCCGCUGGAAGAGGCAAUGACAAAAAGAGAAGACCUGGUGGUCGCUCCAGCCGGCGUAACAUUAAAAGAAGCCAAUGACAUCUUGCAGCGCAGUAAAAAAGGUAAACUGCCUAUAGUAAAUGACAGCGAUGAGCUCGUGGCCAUCAUCGCUCGCACUGAUCUGAAGAAGAACAGAGAUUAUCCUCUAGCCUCCAAAGACUCUCGCAAACAGCUGCUGUGUGGAGCUGCCAUCGGCACCCGAGAGGACGACAAGUACCGGCUGGAUCUGCUCAUGCAGGCCGGGGUGGACGUGAUCGUUCUGGACUCCUCUCAAGGAAACUCAGUGUUUCAAAUCAGCAUGAUAAACUACAUCAAGCAGAAGUAUCCAGACCUACAAGUGGUUGGAGGAAAUGUGGUGACCGCUGCUCAGGCGAAGAAUCUUAUAGAUGCAGGUGUUGAUGCUUUGAGAGUGGGCAUGGGCUGUGGAUCCAUCUGUAUAACACAGGAAGUGAUGGCAUGCGGGAGGCCACAGGGCACCUCCGUGUAUAAGGUGGCCGAGUACGCCCGUCGUUUCGGAGUUCCAGUCAUUGCAGACGGUGGCAUUCAAACGGUUGGGCACGUUGUCAAAGCCCUCGCGCUGGGAGCGUCCACAGUGAUGAUGGGCUCGUUGCUAGCAGCAACCACAGAAGCGCCAGGUGAGUAUUUUUUCUCGGACGGCAUACGACUGAAGAAGUAUCGCGGAAUGGGAUCUUUGGACGCCAUGGAGAAAAAUAACAACAGCCAGAAGCGCUACUUCAGUGAGGGUGACAAGGUGAAGGUCGCUCAGGGAGUGUCGGGCUCAGUUCAAGAUAAAGGCUCAAUACACAAGUUUGCGCCGUACCUCAUCACCGGAAUCCAACAUGGCUGCCAGGAUAUUGGUGCAAAGAGCCUGUCCAUUCUGCGAUCGAUGAUGUAUUCCGGAGAGCUGAAAUUCGAGAAGAGGACCAUGUCUGCGCAGGUUGAGGGCGGAGUUCAUGGCCUGCAUUCUGUCUCCCCGACACCCCCAAACCAAUCCUACAUACAAAGUCAUGGAAAAGAGCUUUCAUGUGAAAAUGUCUUUCCUUCUUUUCUCUUAUGCUGUCAUCAUAGAUAUUCUUUUGUGCCAUUUAUGAGAAGCGGUUAUACUGAGGCGGGCAACAAGGGGCAAAUAAGAUCCGGACCCAACGUUCCAUCACCAGCCGUCACCAAUCACAGCAGCUGAAACUAUGAAUAAAAGCUGAGCCCAUCAAAAUACAGAAUUCUUCACACUGGGAAAAAACAUACACAUUCACAUAGAACUGAAUGUACUGACUCUGAUGCUCUUUAUCUUAUUUGUUUCCGGGCUUCCCUGUAAGAAAUUAGAUGUGGCAGUGGAGAGAUUAUUUUCAAAAUUCUAUGAAUGUACUACAUAAUCAUCAUGUGUGUGUGUCAGAGAAUGUGUAUACAGGGUACAGUAUGUUUUCAUUAGCUUUGAUUUAGCAGAGGUAGAUGUUAGUCAUUUUGUUAAGAUCUUGAAUUUGUAUUUUAUUUUAUUAGCAAUAAUACUUUCUGUGAGGCACUAUGGGUAAUUAUGUGCGUACCACAUUGCCAUUAGAGUGUUAUGAAUUCAGAUUUAAGGUAUGUUAAAGAAAUACCUUUCUCUUUUCAGGUCACAAUUCACUAUAAUUCACAUCAUGAGUAAGUUAGCUACUAGAGUGAUGAAAAUCAGGAAUACUUUACUAUUACACGCCUUACUCUAGUCAACACGGUACAGACACUAGAGACCGCCAUAACUUUAUUUCAUAGCUUUACACAUCUGCAUCAGAAAACAUUCAAAAAAGCAUUUGCAUACAUAUAUUACACAUUUUACUGUAUAAAAGUAAACAUUUGAGCGUUUACAAGGUCAGAAUGUGAACACGGUUAAAAGUAUAUCUGAUUCUGGAUAAAAUGAUCCUGUCUCAUAGAAGAAAAACUGUAUUUCAUAGUCUUAAUUUUGUUUGUCUCCAAAUGUCCAAGACUAGAAUAAUUUCUUAAUUUUUUAGAUAUAUUUAGAUACCAUUUUAUAAAGACAGAUGCAUAAAGAGCAAUGUAAAUAAGAGGAUUUUAUUGCCACAUAGUUUAAUGUGUUUUUAGUAAGCGGAAAGAAUGUGAGAAGCACCUCUAGAAUUUUUAAAGGUUUAAAUUGUGUUGAGCAGACACAUAAAGCCAAAAUGUGAUGGGAUAUAGAGUAAAUAAUCUCAAGACAGGGAUGUGAAAGGUGAUUAUUGCUCUGUCUGGUUUUUUUAGCUGUUUAUUCUACUGCUGUACGGGAUGCUAAAACUGUCAAUCACAAGGAUUUGCAUUAAUAAAGAUGGUAGUGGCAUAAAUUGG